CAAACUUAUUGAACUCGCAGUGGAAGCUAGCCAAAAUGGAUGGAUUUGACGAGGAGGCUUUCAAAAAGUUUUUCCCGAGCGGGUUUGGCAAACAGGAAAAGCAAGCUAGUGUCACCGCGCAAAUCGACCGAUCGAAGCGAACGAAUAUCGAGUCGCAAACCGAAGACAAUCGUGAGCAUGACGGCAUAGAAAAAGAGCAGAAGGAGAUAGAAACUGGGCUUAAUGAAGCUGGUGAUUCGGACAAAGACUCGGAGGAGGAUGACGAUGACGAUGACGAUGAUGACGACGAGGACGAAUUCCCCGUGUCGCAUGAGCUUGUACUCAAGACACAUGAACGCGCUGUAACGACCCUGGCCCUUGAUUCAUCUGGCGGUCGACUUGUUUCUGGCUCCACAGAUUGCACAAUCAAAUUCCAUGACUUUGCCUCCAUGACACCGUCUACACUUCGCGCCUUCAAGUCCGUCGACCCGAGCGCAAAGAAGCAGUCAGCAGCACAAGAAACUCACCCUGUUCAUUAUGUCGCUUUCAAUCCCAUAUCUCCUAGUCAGAUGCUGGUCAUCCCUGCCACACCUCAACCGAAAAUUUUCGAUCGGGAUGGAAAUGUGCUCACCGAAUUUGUCAAGGGAGACAUGUAUCUACGAGAUAUGCACAAUACCAAAGGCCAUGUUUCGGAAGUCACGUCGGGAGCUUGGAGCCCUACAGACUACAACUUGUGUGCCACUGCUGGAACAGAUAGCACUGUUAGGAUAUGGGAUGUGAAUGUUGGUCGAAACCAGAAGGAUGUCAUUGUUCAUAAGUCCAAGGCUGCGGGCUCGGCCGGGAGAACCAAAGUAACAGCUGUGGCCUGGGCGUCUCCAAAACAAGGCGGACCUAAUGUACUUGUUGCUACAGGCCUUGAUGGAAGUCUUGUCAUGUGGAAUGGAAGUGGGCCAUAUACUAGGCCGGCUGCGGAGGUUCGGGAUGCUCAUACGAGAACCACUUGGACCAGCGGCGUCGAUAUCAGUGCCGAUGGGCGGUUGGUUGUGACUAGAGGAGGUGACGAUACUAUCAAGCUAUGGGACACACGGAAAUUUAAGUUGCCUAUUACAACUGUUACGCACCAGUCUACAGCAAACCAUUAUCCCACAUCAAACAUUAAAUUCUCACCGACUGGGACCAACAUAAUUACUGGUUCCGAGACUGGCCAUCUCCAUAUCUUGAACCCUGCGACGUUGAAACCAGAACUUGUAACCCCUGUCACGCCAGGAUCUGCUUUGAUUACGGUGCAAUGGCAUGAAAAAUUGAAUCAAAUUCUGACAGGGUCUGCCAAUAGCGAAAUACACAUGCUUUACAACCCAACGAUAUCUACAAAGGGGGCGGCUCUUGUGAUGUCCAAAGCCCCCAAGCGACGACAUGUCGAUGAUGACCCCAACUUCACAACAGAUAUAUCACAGGGAUUCUCUGGCGACUCAGUGGUCAUUGGAUCAAAUGGCAUGCCUCAGUCUGCGGCAGCAAGCUGGUCUGCCCGCCACCCUACCGUCGGAUUGACCGUAUCCGGGCGUUCAAGGGACCCUCGGCGCCCCCAUCUUCCAACGCAAACACCAUUCGCGAAGUCGCAACCCGACGAAAAGCACAUUCGUGAAAGCAUUCCACUUAGCUCCAUGCGUGACGAAGAUCCUCGGGCAGCGUUGCUGAAAUAUGCCGACAAGGCACAGAAGGAUCCUAUCUUUACGAAGGCGUGGGCAAAGACACAGCCAAAGACUAUAUAUGCGGAUAUCAGCGACGAAGAGGAAGAACGUCCCGAUAAGAAAAAGGCGAAGCGGUGAUAUUUUUUCCACUAAGAACAAGGAAACUGUUCGCUAUAUUGUUAUUUAUUGUCUGUACUGUACAUAAUUUCUUCAAGUUAAGGCGCUGGUGAGAAGGGUGUCCUCCAGGCUAUCAGGGAAACAUGGGAUCGGGUGAAUGCUAGAAAUUUGAUAAUCUAUCACGUACAGCACUGGAGGCCAGGUCGCAGUCUCUUUAUUUAUAUUCGACCUUUGCAUCAAGAAAUCGCAAAGCAUAUACGAGUUGCAGGAGUAAUAGGAAUGAAGAGAGAAGAUUAAUCGGUUGUUCGGCCCCGCACAGUUCGUGCCGAUCCGCUCUGGUGCCGCUCGCCGCGCCGCCGUCUGGGCUUGAGCACC